AUGUCACAACAAACAAUAGCAUUUUUGGAAAGAAAAUCCGAUACAGAACAAUUAGAGCCUGUUAUAGAACUAGACGAAAAACUUAGUGUACUGUUUGACCGACCAAAAGAAGAAGGUGAAUUCGAAGAAAUCCCACCCCGAAUAUUCACUCUCAAAGUUGUGAAGGAACCGUUGACUUUACCAUCAUUGAACAACGCCAUCUAUGAGUUAGGUGUGGUAAACUUAUGCUGGCCUGAGAUUACUGAGCCUGUGUUUGAAACGCGAACAUGCUUUCCUCCAAGUUACUACACUAAUUCCACAAAGGAACGCCUGUUGCUGGCUUAUGCGGAGAAUUUCAGGCGCCAAUACAAUUUCCACUAUAAAUUCAAAAGACCUCUUCUGUUACAAGCACCCAAUGAAUGUGGUUUGCAGAAAAUGGUUAGUACUACCAUCCGGCCUACAAAACUGUGUUUCCCGGACACCAACACAUGGCAAGGUGUCGCUUCACUGGUAUCAGACUUCUUUGACUACGAGCCUCUGACGAAGCCUAUGUUAUUGGUAGAUACAUUCGCUAUGAUGGCUGAGAGGCCGACACCGGCUGCGCCUCCCCGUUUCGGCUCCGUCGAGCGGCACUAAGGAGCGCUGGCGGUGAUA